GGGGCGCAGAGCAUCGCUCGGGCUCAGUGCCGCCGCCGGUUUUGUCCCCGCUCCCGCGUCGCUUCUCCCGCCGGCCGCCCCUUCGCUCCCGCGGACAUGUCGUCGCCGUCGUCCGGAGAGCGGUACGAGGAGGAAGAGGAGGAGGAGGAGGAGGACGGCGCCUACGAGAGCCAGGCCAAGCGGCUGAAGCCCAGCGCGGCUGCCGAGGAAGGCGAGAUCGAGUACAGCGGCGCGGAGGAGAGCGAGGGCCGGCGGGACAAACCCCCAGCGUCGCGCAGCGGCGCCGGCUUCUCGGGCGGGGAUGCCGGGGGAAGUCAUCACAAAGUCUCUGUUUCUCCUGUCGUCCAUGUCCGAGGGCUGUGUGAAUCUGUCGUGGAAGCAGAUCUCGUGGAAGCUCUUGAGAAGUUUGGAACCAUAUGCUAUGUCAUGAUGAUGCCGUUCAAGCGCCAGGCUCUGGUGGAGUUUGAAAACGUGGAGAGUGCAAAGAAAUGUGUGACAUUUGCAGCAGAUGAACCUGUGUACAUUGCUGGGCAGCAGGCCUUCUUCAACUACUCCACAAGCAAGAGAAUCACUCGGCCAGGGAACACUGAUGACCCAUCCGGUGGGAAUAAAGUUCUUCUGCUGUCAAUUCAGAAUCCUCUCUACCCAAUCACAGUGGAUGUUUUGUACACUGUGUGCAACCCUGUUGGGAAAGUCCAGCGCAUUGUUAUAUUCAAGAGAAAUGGAAUACAAGCCAUGGUUGAGUUUGAAUCAGUGUUUUGUGCCCAGAAGGCGAAGGCAGCGCUCAAUGGAGCAGAUAUCUAUGCAGGAUGCUGCACACUAAAAAUUGAAUAUGCAAGGCCAACUCGACUUAAUGUCAUUAGGAAUGACAACGAUAGUUGGGACUACACUAAGCCAUAUCUGGGCCGCCGAGACAGAGGGAAGGGCCGACAGAGACAAGCUAUUUUGGGAGAGCACCCAUCAUCCUUUAGACAUGAUGGCUAUGGCUCCCAUGGACCUUUGUUGCCCUUGCCAAGCCGGUACCGCAUGGGAUCUCGGGACACUCCAGAACUUGUUGCUUAUCCGUUGCCGCAGGCGUCCUCCUCUUACAUGCACGGUGGAAAUCCUUCUGGGUCAGUUGUCAUGGUUAGUGGGUUGCAUCAGCUCAAGAUGAACUGUUCAAGGGUAUUCAACCUCUUCUGCUUGUAUGGAAACAUUGAGAAGGUGAAAUUUAUGAAGACUAUUCCGGGCACAGCACUGGUUGAAAUGGGUGAUGAAUACGCUGUAGAAAGAGCGGUCACGCAUCUCAAUAAUGUCAAGUUAUUUGGAAAGAGACUCAAUGUCUGUGUUUCCAAGCAGCACUCAGUAGUUCCAAGCCAGAUAUUUGAACUGGAGGAUGGCACGAGUAGUUACAAGGAUUUUGCCAUGAGUAAGAACAAUCGCUUCACCAGUGCUGGCCAGGCAUCCAAGAACAUCAUCCAGCCACCCUCCUGUGUGCUGCAUUAUUACAAUGUUCCCCUGUGUGUGACUGAGGAAACAUUUGUAAAGUUAUGUGAGGAUCAUGAAGUUCUCAGCUUUAUUAAAUACAAAGUGUUUGAUCCAAAACCUUCUGCCAAAACACUGUCUGGUCUUUUGGAAUGGGAAUGUAAGACAGAUGCAGUGGAAGCUCUCACUGUACUUAAUCACUACCAGAUAAGAGUCCCAAAUGGCUCCAACCCUUACACCUUGAAGCUUUGCUUCUCUACUUCAUCCCAUUUAUAGAGAAGAGGACAGCAUGUUAAGAGCUACGUUCACUUGGAUUUGCAAGUUAAAAACUACACUUCGUUCACAAAGCUCUAAAGUGGUUGUUCUAAUGUUGCCUUGUUUCAACUUAAUUCUAAUAUCUUUUAUCUUGUUUUAUAAUAAAUGGAUGUUCCUUCAUAAAUACAAACCAGAUUUUUUUUUAUUUUUGCCUCUGAGAAGUACAUGUUGUAAGCUUACUACAAAGUUUGUAUUUUGUUAGUGUAGUAUCUUCAAAUGUCUAAAGAAGCACCAGUAGGAUAAACAAGAUUGUUUCUUUUCAAAAAAUGAAAUAUAUUUGCAUUUUCAAAAUGUUAAAGAUUAGCAAGUAUUUUUCCAUUUGUAGUCUUAAUUGGCAGAUAGAACUAUUACAGCAGAAUUUUAAAUGUAGAACUUGUUUUUCAGUAUGUUAAGUAGUGAAGUAUGUUGCAAUACUAAAAAGAAGCUUGUAUUUAUAAAAUGCUUUGAUUGGGUUAAUGUUGCACAUACUGAACUUUUAGUAGUAUAAACUUGAUUUAUAGUUCAAACAGAGCUAACGUAGAAAAUUAUUAAAUAUGUACACGUGUAUGGUAUGAUUUCAUACUUAUUUAAAGUGGGGUUUUUUGUUUUUUGUUUUUUGUUGUUUUUUUUUUUUAAAAAAAACUAUUUUCCAUUUGCAUUAGCAUGAUGCCAUCUACAGCUAGUCCCACCAUAGGGGCCUUUUAAAAAUUAAAAUUGCAAGCCUGUAUCAAUGUGUUCAUCCUCAUUUUCCAUGAUUUAAACUUAAAUCUUUGGUGUUUAACAUAUCCUUUUGACUCUUUUUUUAAAGCAGUGGUUAUGACUUACUAAAUGGUAAAAGCUGUGGUGGGUGGUGGCAACGUGGAUUGCAAUAGAAACCAAGGUGGUAGAAACAGUUAAAAGAAAAAGAAAGCCCCCACCAUAUCCUUUUGUAGCUGGACAGUUAAUUUAAUGUUUUCUUCUGUCUGAUUUAUCUUAAACAUCUAUUAUGACCAUGGAGGAAUUAAUUGGGUGAAUAGUCUUGGCUGGUCUGUAGCUUAAGCUGAGGUAAUCUCAGUGGAAUUCAGGUAAAGUAACUGAUUAUGUGGUGUGAAAUCAAUGAGGUGAGAAAUCUUUCACUUUGGAGAAGAUGGUUUGUUCUGGCCCAGUACUUUGAAACCUGUCUUCUGGAACUGCAGUUGUGUCUUAUUUGGGCUAAGCCCCCACAAAUGGAAAUCCAAGCAGAGGAGUCUGGGAGCUGUUGUCCUAGACUCUGUGUGUGUUCCCCUUUCUGAAUUUGCAGUGGAUUGUUGAGGGCCUCUUCCAGUUCUGUUCUUAGUCACUGCAGAGAAGUUACUUUAUCAGGUAGUUUAUGCUUUAUCCGACAAGUUCUUUGUUCUGUCUUUAUGGAUUUUAUCUAUAUCCAUCCUUUAUGCAAGAUGAUUUGUGCAGAGUGCUUGUCCUUGAGAGGUUAUGUUGUAGGAUGUUUACAGGCUGUGGGCAUUGCACAUCUUUCAAUACAGACUGGAUUUUCCCCAUUCCCCAUAAUUUCAAGGCAAAUAUUCCUUAUCAUACAAGGGAAAAUGUGUCAAGUGUCCUUCAGGUUUUCUUGUCAACAAUGACUUAUUUUUGCCCUGUCUACCUCCGUUUUGUUCAUGCUUCAGGUAAUGAGUGUUUUAAGUAUUCACAUCAGGCUUUUAAUAUGUCUGAACUGGGAGCUGAAACCAGCUGCUUUUUGGCAGCUCUUUCAGCACAGGGUUUGGAAUAAUCCCAGCCUCCGGUCUGUGAGGUGGCAAAGAGACUUGCAUUUUAGGGGCACUGCUGAGACUCUUUCAGCCUCCGUGCUCUUUCCCCAGAAAUUGCUUCCAGACAGCUCCAGCACAGAAGUCCACGUGCCAUAUCUUGCUGCUAGUGAAAUGCUCUUCGCUGCUUAGUGUUUUACCUGUAAAAGAUCUCUCCCAGACUCUCAUUUCUCUUUUACCAACUUAAAUGUUCUGUGGAAAUCUGUUUCUCCUGUCAUAAUUUCCAUUGCUUGGUUGUAUUGGUGUAGUUCCAGAAGUUGUUUGUAGUUGAGCAUUAGAAAUAGUCUGCUUUCAAAUUGCAGUGUGGGAUGAAUGACCUGUAAAACAUUCAAGGUUUCAUCUUUAAAAAAAAAAAAAAAAAAA